CCAAAACAUAGAGCACCCGUAGGUUGUCAACAACUGUUCAGAAGGUGUGUGAGACUGCAAACUUUCUCAGCAUCCACCGAGCAGCCUUUGAAGUUUCAUCAAACCAUCACUCACCUGUCCGGUAGACAGGCCGUCUCAAUGCAUUACAGAGGACCGAAAACACCGAGGCGACCAUGGAUGUGUACGAUUUAUUUAGUAGUUGCAGAAAGGGCGACAUUUGUAGAGUCAGGUCAGCUUCCCGGUUUCCAGAUGUAACGAAGCUGUCAGUGUCAGAUGCCCAAAAAGAUGAUACCUUGUUGAGCAACGAGACGUGGACCUCAAUGUGAGAGAUAAGUGGGACAGCACCCCUUUGUAUUAUGCCUGCCUUUGUGGUCAUGAGGAGCUGGUCCAGUACCUGUUGGCUAGUGGUGCCAAGUGUGAAGCCAACACUUUUGAUGGGGAGAGAUGUGUGUACGGCUCUCUGAAUGACUCCAUCCGACGCCUGCUCAAAGAUUAUAAGUGCGUCAGCGUCCGUGCUAUGCAGCGGAAUGAUUUUAACUACUUUCUGCACUUGUUACUUGAGCAGGGUCAGCACAGUGAUGUCAAGUUCCUGGUUCACGGGCAAACAUUUCCAGCCCAUCGAUGCAUUCUCAGCGCACGCUCAGAGUACUUCACUGAAAUGUUUGAGACUAAAUGGAAAGGAAAGAACCUUAUCACUCUCAAGCACCCUUUGAUCAAUCCUGCCGCCUUUGGAGCCAUCCUGCAGUAUUUCUACACAGGACGAAUGGAUAUUGAUAUAAGUCUUGUGGAGGACAGCAGGCGACUCGCUAAGCAGUGCAAAAUGACUGAUCUGAUAGAAGAGCUGGAAAAUAAAUGUAAACAGGUGUAUGAAUUUGUGUCCAACAAGCCGGGAAUCUGUGUGAAAGUUCUCAGCCUGGAGCCUCAGACCUGUCAGCUCCAGGAGGAGAUGGCUCAGUUAGCAGACUGUGCACUACCCACCGAACUAAGAGUUGGAUUUGGUGAACUUCCCUUUAACAGAGUCGACCGUUUCCCUACUUAUCCUGACAUCUGCUUCAGAGUAGAUGGCUAUGAUUUCUUGUGUCAUAAGGCGUUUUUCUGUGGACGUAGUGAUUAUUUUAAAGCGUUACUGGAGGACCACUUCAGUGAGGGAGAGCAGCUGCAGUCCCAGCCCAGCACCCCAGUGAUAACUUUACACAACAUCUCCCAUGAAAUCUUCAUCCACAUCAUGUAUUACAUCUACACUGAUGACACAGAGCUGACGAUGGAGAACGUGUUUGACGUGCUGUGCGUGGCUGACAUGUAUCUUCUGCCGGGGCUGAAGCGACUCUGUGGGAAGACGCUUGCGAAGACUAUUUGUGAGGACAACGUCCUGCACUUGUGGAAGACCGCCAAGCUCUUCCGGCUCUCCCGGCUGGAAGAUCAGUGUACAGAGUUCAUGGCCAAGAUCAUCGAGCGGCUGGUGGAGCAGGCCGAGUUUGCCGAGAUGAUCAAAGAGGACGCUGCAUCGCUGGAGGAGCGGCACGAGACAGAUUCUGUUCCUUUAGUGGACGACAUCCGCUACCAUAUUGCCAGCAACGUGCAGACGUACAGCGCGAUCGAGGAGGCCAAUCAGAAGCUGGAGGCUUUGGAGGAGCUACUCUCCAGCAUUAACAUUGACUGUUGAGGGAGUCAGCUAGUUUUCAGUUGCAGCUUCUGUGGAGAUGUUAAGGUGGACUUUUGAGGGAGCUGUGGUGCGAUAAAAGAGAUGAAAAGAUAAAACAAAAUAUGCACGUGUAUGUUUCUAAUGUUUAUUUUAUUUGCAGUGUAUGUCACAAAGUAUACUAUAUUUGAAGGGAGCUAGUACUGAUGUUACCUGGGUGUAAUUAGAGCAGUUUAAAGCUUCUUAAAAUAGUGGCAUACUGAAUGUGAGGAAAAAAGUAUUUGAUGUAAGGGUAUAUGUGUUAAGUUCUUCAAGAUGGAUUGUGAGAAAUGUGUUUUUUUUUUCAUAUUUACAACAGAAUAUGUUUGCAUUGCACAUGCAUGAAUUUAUUUUAACCAUUAAUUGCAGCUACUAGACUUAAGACUGGUUGAUUUUCCUUCUCUUUUUAAAUGUAGUUGUCCCUGAAUAUGAUCAUAUAUCAUGUGGAGCUUGAUCCAGUUUUAUUUUUGAUUUUUAAAAAAAGCCAACUUAGUCAAUGCCAUGAUCUACACCCACACUUAAAAACGACAUGUUACAGAAUGUUGAUGUUCGCUUUAUUUGCUCGGAAAGUAUUCUGUUCUUCAAACUUCAAUCUUGAUUCAAAUAUACUUAUUUUAUAUUUGACUGGAUUUUUGCAACUGUGGUUCACCUCAUUGUAAGAGUGACAUUCCUCCAGUGUGAAUUCUAACACUUAACACCCUCUAACGUAUGCAUUUUGUUUAAACCUUAAAUUCUAAAUAUUUUUGUCCAGCAAACGUAUUUGCCUCCCGUGUGUACUGGAACAUGAAGUCGUUUGCUGUGUUGUCCAUCUCUUAUCUCCCACUGUUGAUGAACAUUUGCCCCAAAUCUAACUAAUUAAACCUUGUAUUGCAAGUA